AUGGCUAUAUGGCCUAAAGGACAGCACUCUUUGUCCACCACGGAGAGCACAAGGAAACCAUUUCACCAAAGGAAGAAAUCCGAUAUUGAACGUGCGGGUCAAUUAUUGUGUCUGGCUCGUUCAAUUGACUCCAUCCCUGGCUUACGAAAAGCCGCCCUGAAGGUGAUACAGGAGAUAAUCGAACUCCCAGUGUCCAUCUUACUGGAUGCGAAACUCAUGCGAGAUGUUCCUUGGAAUUCCAUAUUCACUUAUCUCUGUGAGCCUUAUCUUGGCAAAAAGAGUUCAUUCGAGUAUACGCAAGAGGAGCUCAAAAGAGCCGCAUUUUUAUGCAGAGCGCUCAGCAUGACCUGCAAUGGAGUGAUGGACCCAAUUUUCAAGAAGUUUAUUAGAGGCCUUCAGAACGGAACAGACUAUGCAACCAGCACCGGCGCUUAUUUGGCUGAUUAUCGCCAGCCGGCUUGGAACACUAGGGCGAGUCAGCUGAAGGCACUCCGAACGGGUUUUAUUCAUGCUUGCCGAGUCAGGAAGGCCCUUUCAUCCAAUUAUUUUGAUCUCUUCCUUUUGGAGGUUCGAAAAGCCCAAAGGGUACUGGACUACUCGCUACAAGAACUAGAAAUCAAGGAGUUAGCCUUAACGUGCGCUAUUACCUCUCGAAAUUUUUCUAAAAGGUCACCUCUUCACUUUAUCUCCGUCGAGUCUCUCGACGUUAUCUGUGAUAUUUUGGUCCAUCAAAUGG